AUGACUUCUGAGAGGGAUGUGUCAGCAAAUGGGGACCUUAAGGAUAAGGCGCAAUUGGGCCAAAGUGGUUCUACCGAGGACAAUACCAGUCCACAAAAAUCAGACACUAUACCAUUAGAUACACUACAGACGACGAAACCCACGUCACAUCAAGACAACGACACUGAUGACGUUGACUCGGCUUCCCUCAAAUCAACAGAUGGUGUUGUCGAUAAAUCAGAAUCUGGACUAAACAACUCAACUACCGACGAAGCUCCAAAACCCACCGAGCAAGAUUUGAAUCCAGAGUUGGCCAAGUUUAUGCAAUAUUGUCAAGAAGGAUCACUUGAUUCGGCAAAAGCGUUAAUUGAGUCGGGAUCCGCAAAGGUUAAUGAUACAUUUAGUGACGGUAUUAGCGGACUCCACUGGGCCUGUAUCAACAAUAGGCUCACUUUGGUAAAGUACUUGGUUGACAAUGGAGCAGACCCAAAUUUGUACGGAGGAGAAUUGAGAGCCACGCCACUUCAUUGGGCUUGCAGGAAUGGACUUGUCUAUAUUGUUCAGUACUUGAUUUCAAAUACUUCGGCCGAUCCAAAUUUGCGGGAUUUGCAAACCUACAAUGCACUUCACUUGGCCGUUCACAGUUCAAAUAUUACAUUAGUUGUGUAUCUAUUGUUGAGCUGUUGUGACCAAAACAGCAAGAAAAAGUUGUAUAUUGAUGAACCUGAUGGAUCCAACAGAACAGCUCUUCAUUGGGCCAGCUAUCAAAAUGACAUUUUUACAGUUAAUGCAUUGUUGAGGUUUGGUGCGGAUGUAUCGAAAACUGACGACAGUUUGUUCAUUCCUCUACAUUGGUGUUUUAUGCGUGGCCACAAGAAUGUGAUGAAGGCGUUAGUGGAAGGUGGGUCGGACAUCUUUUUCAAAAAUGAUCUGGGCAAAGAUAGCUUUGACAUAGCAAAAGAUAUGAACUGCUUACAUGCGUGGCAAAAGGUUUUGAUAGACUCUGGACGAGAUCCCAAGAACAACUGGGCACCCAAGCGCAGAUGGGUUGGCCCCAAAGUAGGCAAGGUGUCAACAUAUAUUGCCCCAUUCCUUCUUUUACCCAUUUCCUUGAGCAUAUGUACGACGUCUCAGGGCUUGGCUUUUCCAAAGUUGGUCUUGGCAUUUGCGUCUUUUGCAUUGGGGAUCUAUAUCAUCAGCAAGACCAUAAUACCAACGUAUUUAAUUGAUGACAAGCCACUUCCAAAGUCGCCAAUAUUAGCUGGUAUCUUUUCAGCCACCGCAUUUUGGUGCAUCGUAAUCUGGAGUUUUGCGAUACUUCCUGCCACCUUGUUUACAAAUUUCAUUCCCAACAUUUUCAUGAGCAUUUUCAUUGCAAUUUUCGUUUGGUCGUUUUUCAAAGCUAUGUUUAUCAAUCCAGGAUUCGUACCGACCCCGACUGAUAAUGCAGUAAUCCUUGCUCAAGUUGAGGAUUUGCUUAGUUGUGGGAAAUUUGACACUGACCAUUUCUGUGUCAACUCAUUUGUACGUAAACCACUUCGAUCAAGGUACUCCAAGCACAAUAAGAGGUUAGUGGCUCGAUUUGACCAUUACUGUCCUUGGGUUUACAACGAAAUCGGAGUGAGGAACCAUAAAUUGUUCAUUACUUUUGUUUAUGCUUUGAACUUGGCCAUUCUUUUCUUCACCUAUUUGACAAUAGAAUAUUUUGACAAUUUAAAAGACUCGUUUGAUUCCGAUGAUGAGGAUAAUCAAAGCUUCUUCUGCAGAAUGAUUGGUGAUGAUUUAUGCUAUGGGUACAAGAAUAAACAAUUCCAUUUCAACUUGUUGGUGUGGUGCUGGUUACAAUACGUUUGGAUCUUUUUCCUUUGCUUGGUUCAAACUUUCCAAAUCUUGCGUGGAUUGACUACAUGGGAAUUUAGUUCGUUAAAUUCAAGAAUUAUCAACCCAAGACUGAACCAUUCAACGGUCCCAGAGGAAGUCGCAGACUCGCUCACGCAACCUUCCAGAUCUGACCGAAAGAACAACGAAUUGCAAACUUGUUUGAAUUUGCUAGGUAUUGAUCAGUUUGUGAUGACCAUGAAAAUGACUAUCGCUUCGAUCUUUAACCGAAAUAGAACAACCAGCUUCGACCCCUUACAUAUAGACAUACCUACCGACUACGGUUUGAAACAGAACUGGUUGGACUUUUGGGUCAUUGGAGAACCUAGUUGGAGAAAUGUAUUUUACUUGCCAAUCGAAGGUGAGAAUAAUUUGAACGGAAAAGUUGUUGACUACUACAAGCUUUAUGAGUACCCGCCAAAACUGUCCAGCCAAGUAGUAUAG